UGGGAGGCCUCACGGCUGGGAGAGGGCUCAGUUGACCCAGCGUGCUAUGUGCCAUUGAAGGAGCCCCUCGACCCCGAGAUGGAGACAGACAUGCGAGACCGAGAGGAGCCGUAGGAUCCUGAGAUGGCAGCUGAGCGGUCGGAUCCGGUACGACCUCAGGGUAGAAAGGUGAUCACGGUUGGGGAUGAUACCCCUCCAUGUUCCCCAGCUCCAGAGCCAGCACAUCGUUCAUGGCCAGAGGGGAUUCCUGAGCCAGGCAGUGAGGAGAUUCUGGAGUUUCCCUCUGAGACCACCACUGUGCCUGAGCAGGAGGCAGAGGCGGAGGACCAGGGAGUGUGUGAGAGAGCGAGGAUGAAGGUGCCCCUUGGCUUGCCCUCGGCCACGCAGGUGACCAAGAGCCCAGAUAUCGAGGAGCCCGUUUCAGCGGAGUUACCGCCAGUAGUGUCGUGCGCAAGCGAAGGGAUGGAGGCGGAGGCGUCGACUUCAGGGAGCCGGGGGCCGCGAGUGGGAGGAACCCCAAGAGAGACCCGCGAAGAGAAGUCCGCCCGAGUGCCGGUCCGUCUGGACGAGAUACACGCAAGGCAGGCUGAGAUGGAGGCGGCGCGGAUAGAGACUACACCGCCGGUCGAGCCCAAGAUUACCCGCCAGGGGUCACGAGAGGCAGGACGAGCAGAGACGAGUGAGUUGAGGGAGAUGGGGGAGUUGGGGUUCUCCGCGACCAGGCAGGCGAUUGAGCGCAUGGAUCGGAGGGUAUGCGAGACGACAGUCACAUCUUUCCAGUGGUAUAACCUACUUAGCAAUCAGCUCAGGGUUAAGGAGUUGGAGGUAGAGCACCUGACUACCCAGCUUGCCGAGGAGAGGGCGAGGAGCCAGGCAAGAGAGGUUGAGUGGGAGAGGAGAUUUGGGGAGAUGGCGGCCGCUGUGGAUAGGCUCUCGGCAGCCUGGGAGGCUAGCCAGGUGGGGCGAGCCAGUGCUGAUGGCCAGGGCCGGGGGAUGCGCGCCUCGCCGAGCCAGGGAGCAGCAGUGGAGGUCCCUCGACAAAAUGAGCCCGUGGAGGGGGUGCCCUUGGACACGGCCGGAGAGGAGGGGCGCGCACAGGAGUCGCUUAUGGCCAUGUCCACGGAGAGGAGAGGUUCGGGUUUGCAUGAGUUGGCGGCAGCCAUGAGGAUAGGCACUCCACAAGAGAGGCCUCAGAGACUCGACGCUCCAGAGCAGGCCCCGAGGUUAGGAGAGUUGAGGGCGGAGCUGGGCUCCUAGGCCACGGAGACGGACUCAGGAGGCCCCGACUCGCGACAGCAGCAGCAGCAGGAGGUCAUGAGUGAGCCCACCACUGUG